GCAGUCACCUUUUCAACCUAAAGCUUUUCAGCCAUCCACGCUUGCUGAGCCACCUUUUCAAUCGCUAGCUGUUCAGCCUCCGACGCCUGCUGAGCCGCCGCUGCCGCCCCCGGUUAUGGCUCCGCAGCCACCAUUUCAACCGCCACCUGUUCAGCCAUUGCCGUCAACUCAGACACCGUCUCCAGGUCAACCAUGGCCACUUAUACAGCCGCUGUCGCCUCAGCUGCCGCUACCCACGGUGGAAAACUGCAUCAAGCUUUUUGAAACCGUCCACAAUGCAGCCGACGUUGAUUAUUUGAUCGAUCUCCUGGACAAGGUCUUGGAGUCUCUUGUAAACAAGUCAAAAAAAGAAAAGACGUUAGAGAGAAGCAUUAGUUCAGAAACAUUAUCAGAUGCACUGAACGGUAGAACAAAUUCAUUAUAGACUUCCUUUCUCCUCUGUGGAUCUCUAUUCCUUGAGUUUGUGAAUAAGCAUAUUCAGCAGGAGAAGGGAGACGAAGGAAACAGACAAGUUGUAGCAGGAAUAUUGCAAAGCGUGGGGAAGGUGCAUUGGGUGGUUGGAGGGUUGGCUGUUGUUGCUUUCUUGCUGGACCAGAUUGGUCAAAUUUCUGAAAACCGGAGUGAAUGCAUAGAACUCUUAAAACAAAUGGUUAAGCUUUCUGGGCAUAUAAGAAAGUUGAAUUAUGAUAUGCCUCAAGAGGACAAGAUAUUGAGUGAGGCGAUUACAUUGAUUGUUGAAGGAUCCAUGAUGUGCGCUUCUCAAUUAAAGUCCAGAACACUUUUCCGGUUUUUGAAGGCUUCUGUGGACUCCAAAAGCUUGGCUACUCUACAAUUGAAAAUUAAUCAAACGUAUCAGGAUCUUACAUUGAGAGUAGCGAUAGAAAUACAACAUCAGCAGCCUAUUGCCUUCCCUCCCUGGAAGCCCAUUUAUCCAGAUUAUGCAAUGGGCAUCGAAGAGCAGAAGAAACAAGUAAUGAAGUUGCUGGACUUGGAAAGCGAAACCAUGUCACCAUUGGCCGUGGUUAUUUAUGGAUUUGGGGGCAUAGGAAAGACCACCCUCGCCACUGCUGUUAUUGCAGGCUUAGAUAUCAAGGAUCACAACUACUCAGGAGUCGAAAUUAAAGAAGACCGCUCCAGGAAUGACAUAAUAUGUAUGCAGCAACAAAUAUUGAAAGACGCUUUCCCAGCAUAUACUAAUGACAGAAAUGUAACAUUGAGAAAUAGUGCAGAGGGUCGGGAUCACCUCACCAGCGCUUUCCAAGCCCAAGGAAACAAGCCAGUAUUCCUGUUUAUUGACAACGCUCUUCGGGCAGAAGACUUGCAAGAGCUUUUCCCAAAACGCUUAGCAGGCCUUCCGAAUCGGAGUAGAAUAGUGCUCACAACUCGAAAUCUGGGUGUGACGGAUAUGCUCCUAGACGCGGGCCUUGAACGUCGUGAACAUCGUGUGGGUACUCUCCCCGACAAAGAGGCGAUUCAAAUUUUGCUAAAAGAUGAUCUUCAUAAUACAAUCAACAGCGAUAACUUGAAAAAAAUCCUGCAGAUUUGUGAUGGGAUUCCGUUAGUGUUAGAAAUUGUUGGUGCUCGUUUGCGCAAGCAGAAUUACAUGAUAGACAGAUGUACGCAAAUAUUUGAAGCUCUGGAGAAAGGAGAGGAUAUCAAAGGAGAAAAUCUGAGCCAACGUCUGGUGACUUCCGUAUAUAAUGAUCUGGAAGUAUCUACACGCGAAUCGUUUUUGGAUAUUUGCUGCUUCUUUGCUAACUGGAUUCGCCGUGAUGUGGAGUACAUUUUGGGAGCUGAGGACAUCACUCUUCUCGAGGAGGCGGCUUUGAUGAAGACAUCAGACAAAGACGAGUUGAUUGUCCACGACAUCAUUAGAGCAAAAGGGCGAAGCUUGUCUAAAAGCAAUAGAAUUAUGGAUAUGCAGUCCUGGCUGGAAGUUGCACACGACGAUCAAAAGCUCAAGCAAAUCAAAGGAGUUUGGCUCGGUAAGGAGGAAUCUGAAUCUGGUAAUGAAAUUGAUGAGAAGCAAUUACAUUCAUUGAAAAAUUCGUUGAGAGUUCUAGGUUUGGAAAGCCAGAUAAAAGUGUCAAGAUCAGGCCAAAAACCAUCUAAAUUUAAGGAACUCAGAUUUCUCCGACUGGGUGGCGACAUUUCUGCUCUAUGGCCAGCGAAUUUAGAGUCGCUUGAGCGAUUGACUGCGUUCCAUGACCCUGUCUUCAAAGAUGGUGUGACUUUGUAUCAGCUACCCAAGAAGCUACGGGUAAUGAGAGCCACUGCAGAGUCUCACUUCGAGGAAGCCAAGCCCACCAAAAUCAGCACAAAUUCUUCCUUAGAGGAAUUGGAUUUAAAAGACCUUAAAAGUCUACAGAAGUUACCCGAAAAGCUGGAUCACUUAACUGGCCUCAAGUUUUUGAUACUAGAUCAAUGGGAUAAAAUUCAAGAGCUACCUAAGCAGGUAUGUGGGCUGCCUUCAUUAUGCAGAUUGAGCAUUUGUGGUGGUAAUUCCUUGAGAAAUCUGCCAAACUCGUUCGGACAAUUAAAUUCUUUACAGGAAUUGAUAUUAACAAGCUGUAAGCAACUGGAAGAAUUGCCCUCAACUUUUGGAAACCUGAGAUCUCUGAAACAUUUGUGUUUAGCAGAGUGUGUUAGCCUAAAAGAAUUGCCUUCGAGUUUCGGGAAACUAAGCUCUUUGGAGCUCUUGAAUUUAGAUGGCUGCUUGAACUUGGAAAAAUUCCCUCCCAGCUUUUGGGAACUCGUCUCUUUAAAACAUUUAGAUUUAAGUUAUUGCAUGGAAUUGAAAGGCUUGCCCUCCGGUCUAGGAAAACUCAAUUCGCUAAAUGUCUUGAGUUUAUUCGGUUGUAAGAAAUUAGAAGAUCUGGCAUCCAACAUUGGGGAACUUCCAUCACUUAAAAAAUUAGAUUUAAGAGGAUGUCGCAAUUUGAGAGAAUGUCCUGACACGAACGAAACAAGAACUCACCGUUUUGCUACGGGAUCAUGUGGGGCAAGUCUUAAACACACAUUAAAUAACAUAUUAAGCUUAGAGAAUGUCAGUCAAUUUUGAGUAUUUAACAUUUUUAAAUUUGAAAGUCAAAGGUUCUAGUGAACUAGUCCAAACACUUGUAGCUCUCC